UCUAAGAAUAGCUAUUAGUAGCAUCAAGCAGAGGCAACACGAGUGUUUGUCUGAUUAUUGGGAGAGAUUUCAACAAUUAUGUCAUAGAUGUCCUAACCACGGAUUUUCUGAUUAUCAGUUGCUCAUUAAUUAUUUUUAUCGUGGUAUGUCUUCUUUUGACAGGAGGAUUGUUGAUGCUGCUUGUGGAGGAAGUUUGACCAACAAGACCUUAGAUGAAGCAAAACAAUUGAUUUUUGAUAUGGUCACCAAUGGUCAACAAUAUGAGGAUGAGGAUGAUGAUAGGUACAGGCCGAUCAACAGAGCAGAAGAUAUAUGUGUGAAUGAGAAACUCGAUGCUCUAACUUCCUUAGUUAGAGGCAUGGUUGGAGCUCAAAUUCAGAAGGAUAAUCAUCCAAAUUUCAGCUGGAAUCAUUCGCCUGAAUUUUUCACCAGCGCACAGCCGCAGGCUGGGUGGUAUGCUCAUACCGACCGCCCAGAGCCCAGUAUGAGCGAUAUUCUUCAGAGUCUGGCACAGAGCAGCCAGAUUGUUAACAAUUUGGUGCAAAGUCAGCAAGCUUUCCAGCAAGAGACGCAAGCUGCGUUGGGUAGUAUGGGCACACAGAUCACUCUGCUCACCACUCAAGUGAACAAGUUGCAAGUAAAUCUUGGAAAACUUCCAUCUCAAGAAGAAGUACAUUCCAAGGAGCAUGUUUAUGCUAUGAAUUUAAUGAGUGAGGAAGAUUUCUUUGAUCCAAAGCCCAUGGAAGAUGAAAAGGAGAAGGAAGAGCAAGAAAGUGCUCAGAAUGAUGAAGUUGUCGAAGAGGCACAACAAUAUGAAAAUCUCUCUUCUUCCGAGGUUGGCUCAACAUAAGAAUGGAAAUGAGGAAAAUGAGAUUCUGGAAAUAUUCACGAUGAAUAAAGAACCACCAGAAUAUUAUGAUGAAAUUCAAGGGUGUAAAGUGCAGCUGAACCCCACCAAUGACGUUCUCACUCAGCAUCUGUCACGCGGUAUGCCCAUACCGACCAGCACUGGACAGAUUGUGCCUUCAAUUGUGAAACUGCCAAAGCGGAAAUUGAAACCACCUGAUGAUUGAUCCAGUUUCAGGGAAGUUUUUGUUAGUUUACUUUCGUUUUUAUUUUAUUUUAUUUUAUUUUUAUUUUUCUUGUCUUUUAUGCUUUCUUUGUUUUGUGUCUUUGUUCUUAGUAUUUCCCCACACAAUGAGGACAUUGUGUUGUUUAAGUGUGGGGGAGUUUUUAUGUCUUUUUUCUUGAGUCUGUGUGCAUGUUUUGUUUUGGUCUUCCUUUUGAGUCUGUCUAUGGCAACUUUUCAUGCGAGCAUUUCGAUUUGUUAGGAUGAGCAUAUUGAUAUGGAUUGUAUGGUUGUUUUCUUGGAUGAUACAAAAAUGUGUUGAAACACAUAUGUGUUUGAGGAUGACGAAUGUGCAAAUUGAUCAAUUUUGUUGAAAACCACUCAUAUAGUGAGGAUUGAGCCUUUAGAGCAAUAACUUGAAUGCUCCUUGCUUGUUUUCGAUGAGUGUUAUGCAUUCUUGACUUCUUGAUAUUCGGUUUGCCAUGUUGCCAUAAUAAAUUUUUAAACAACCAAUUGGACUCAUUUGUGAAAGCGAUUUAGGCAUUAGGAAUAAACCUCAUUGGCCUUAAAAAUUUCAUACCUUGCAAUAUUCAUUAGUGAGCCAUUUUGAAGCCUUGACCCUUUUUAUUGUUAUAUAUGAUUGAAGCCUCGAAAAUUUUAGCCAUUAGCCUUCUUUUAGCCUUGCUUUGUCCAUUUCCAGCAUGAUGCAAGUGGUUUGUUUUGUGAUAUUACUUUGUUGGAAGAAUAAGGUUGAUUGAAAUUUAGUGCUUGGUUGGAAUGAUUGAGGAUUGAAAUUGACAAAAGAGGUUGUUGGUUGUUUAAAAAUGAGGUGAUCUUAUGAUGUUAAUUCAAAAAAAAAAAAAAAAAACAAAAAAACAAAAAAACAAAAAAAAAACAAAAAAAAAGAGAAAAAAAAAAAGAAAAAAAAGAGAACGCUGGAGUUUGAAUGUCUAUGUAUUGGGAAUAAGGGUUGAUUUGAUUUAGUUUGAUUUUGGGAUUAGAAUGUGGUGAACUACUUGCAUUGUGUUGGUUUUAUUAGCCUUGUUUAUCCACUUUUGUUUAUCCUACCUAUGCACCCUAGCCCCAUUACAACCUUGUGGAAAGACCUAUUGAUUCAUGGAUAAGUUCAGUUUUCGAAUUGAAGAUAUUGACAUAGUGGCAAACUUAUAAUGGAUAGAGUCGAGUUGCAUGUUUGUGAAUUUACCUACCUUUUGAUAUUGAGAGAUUUGAGCGAAUUUAGUGAGGCUGGAUUGAUUUUCACGUUUUUGACUCGAAUGAAGGGUGAAUGCACAUGAUUGUUGAUUCCAAGAAUGGUUUGAGGAAAAAUGAUGAUUGUAUCUUAUUCUAACUUUGAGAUUUGCUUGUUGUGAUUGUUGCCAUGGCUAGUCGUCGUUAGUUGCGUCUUGUCUUGUCUUGUUUGUGUCUUGAGUUUUGUUCUUCCCUUUGUUUUGUUUUUCUUAUGCUCGAGGGCGAGCAUUGUCUAAGUGUGGGGGAGUUUGAUUGGGCGUAUUUUAUACGCAUAUUUUGAGUGUUUUUGGUGAAUUUUAAAUGCCUAGUUCCUGCUUAUUAUUAUCUUUUGGACUUAAUUGUGAAACUAAUAAAUAUUCUUCAUGGUUUUGAUAGGUUUUGGAUAAGAGGAUCGAAUUUUGAAGAGUUUGAAUCUGUGCGCGUUUGCU